AUACCAACACCACCAUCACCCAAACCGGUAGUAAUACUACCAAUAUUGAUCUCAACACCACUACCAGAGAAGCGUCUCACAGCACCACACCCACCGAUAUUACACCCAACAUACAAACAAGA